AUUAGUGUGUUGAUUGGCAAUGUAUUUUGAAGGGCCGUAAGCGGAUGUGUAGUAUUUUACAGAGCGCAUAGUAUUUUGCUCUGUGAGUGUGAGAAAAGGAAGAAAGGACUGAAGGGUUUACGGCUGCUUGAGGAGGAGGACACUGGCGUUUUAUUACCAUUAUUACCCGCACUUAUAGCCCGUUUCCGCCUUCUUAACCUGGCGAAAGGUUGAACGGUUAAAAUGGAGGCGGACAGAUCCGGCGGUGGACCAAACCCGAACUUUGGAGGCGGCGGCAGCGCAGCUGGGCGCAACCCAAACGGGCCCAAAGCAGGACCGGGCCAGGCAACACCAGUAGCGGCUACCGGGGCCACCAUGGCAGCCGCCGCCGCCGCCGCAGCAAUCGGAGUCAUGCCGGGGUCGUCGCAUUCUCGAGAAUCACAGCAGGACGGCGAUUCGGGAAUGAAUCUUCCCGGGAUCCUGCACUUCAUCCAGUACGAGUGGGGACGCUUCCAGGCCGAGAAAUACCGCUGGGAGGCGGAGAGGGACGAACUUCGGGCUCAGGUAGCAUUCCUACAAGGCGAGCGGAAAGGACAGGAAAACAUGAAACAGGACCUUGUAAGACGGAUUAAAAUGUUGGAAUACGCUCUCAAACAAGAAAGGGCUAAACACCAGAAGCUGAAGACUGGAAAUGACGCGAGUCCCGGCGACAAGAAACCAGAGAUGGAAGCAGAACCACUUCCCAAUGGUCCAGCUGAGUCAGACUCGGAACCAGCCAAUCAGAUGUCAUGGAAGGAGGGACGUCAGCUACUACGCAAAUAUCUGGAAGAGGUGGGCUACUCGGACACCAUACUGGACAUGCGUUCCAAACGCGUGCGCUGUCUGCUUGGGCGGAGCAGCCCUGAGGCGAACGGGCCGCCGCCACCUGAGUCCUCCCCAGAGCCUGAGACACGUUCCGGUGGAGAAUCAUUGUUGGUCAGACAGAUAGAAGAACAGAUUAAGAGGAAUGCGGGCAAAGAAAGCUCCAAAGAACGGCUCGGCGGUUCAGUGCUCGAUAAGAUCCCAUUCUUGCACGGUUGUGAGGAUGACGACGAAGAUGACAGCGAUGAGGAAGACGACUUCCAAGGCAUGGCCACGGACUGCAUCGAUGGUCCUCGCAAGAGCAAAAAGUCCCGCGUAAAGAUGGGUUCAGAGCCCAUGACCACAGACCUGGACCCGGAGGACGAUGACGACGAGGACGACUCGGAAGACGCCCUCAGUGAAUUUGACUUUCUGGGCUCCGGGGAGGAUGGGGAGGGGGCGGGUGAGGCCAGGAUCUCUGGGGACGGACGGGAGUUAGAGAACCGCAGGAACAAGUUGCAAGGCAUGAUGUCGGACUUCCCCUCAAAACCUGCCCCGCCUCCUUCUGUGUCUGGACAAGCUCGCUCUGGGGAAGGUGGCGCCUUGGGUUUCUCCUCGGACGUCUUCAUUAUGGACGCAGUCGGAGGUGGAGACAUGAACUUGGGUGAACUGGCUGAUCUCACUGUUGCCAAUGACAACGAUCUCUCCAUGGAUAUGCAUGAUAACCGAGAUGAGUUUAAGAAGACCUGGAACCCUCGCUUCACGCUACGGAGUCACUUCGACGCCAUCCGGGCUUUGACCUUUCACCCGACCCAAGCGGUUUUGCUCACGGCCUCUGAAGACGGAACACUAAAGCUAUGGAACCUCAAUAAGGCUAUGCACUCAAAGAAGAAUGCAGCUUUAGAUGUCGAGCCCAUCUACACAUUCAGAGCGCACAGUGGUGCGGUUUUGUCACUAACCAUGGGAGAAGAUGGAGAUUCCUGCUACAGCGGGGGUCUGGAUGGAAGCGUGCGAUGUUGGAAGAUGCCGGACCUCAACGUAGAUCCCUAUGACAACUACGACCCUGGCAUCGAGAGCAGCGUGCUGGCAGGCCACGAGGACAUCGUGUGGGGUCUGACGUACUCCGCAGUCCACCAACGGCUGGCCUCGUGCUCGGCCGACGGCACGGUUCGCAUCUGGGACCCGCAGCACUCCGCCCCCUGCCUGUCGGUCUUCAACAAGGAGAGAGAAAACGGGACACCCACCUCAGUGGCCUUUGUGGCUUCUGACCCCAACCAGGUGGUGGUGUCGUAUGAUGGUGGCCAGACACUGCUCUAUGACCUUAACACAGAGCAGAGCAUCAUAGCACUAGAGACGCAGACCAAGGAUGGAAGUGAGUUAAUUAACCGUGUGGUCAGUCACCCCUCUGAGCCCAUCUCCAUUACUGCACAUGAGAACCGCACCAUCCGUUUCUUAGACAACAAAACAGGUAAAGUGGUCCACUCAAUGGUGGCUCACCUGGAUGCGGUCACAUGUCUCACCACGGAUCCUAAAGGCACUUACCUCAUCUCUGGCAGCCACGACUGCUCGGUGCGCCUGUGGAUGCUGGACAACAGGACGUGCGUGCAGGAGCUCACCGCCCACAGGAAGAAGCAUGACGAGGCCAUACACGACGUGGCCUUUCACUGCUCGCAGCCCUUCAUCGCCAGCGCCGGCGCCGACGCACUCGCCAAGAUCUUUGUCUGACAACACUGCUGGACACCCUCAACUGGGCCGAAAGAGACAACAGAGGACAUUAUUUCUGCCCUCACACUCACACACUCUCACACAAACACACACACACACACACACACACACACGGUUGUCCUGCACCCCACUGGCUGGGUUGUUGUCACAGGACGUCACCGCCCCUCACUUCCUCACAGUUUUAUGCCUCAGUGACUUGUUGUUAUACAAAUCACUCUACUUAGUUUUUUAAUGACGCUAGAAGCUCCUCUGAUAAAACUCACCUAAGGAGAAACACUUUUUUUCUACACUACAGUGCGCUAUUCUGCUCCCCCUCCCACCCUACAGGUCUACUAAUUUCAAAACCCUCCAAGGAGAAACGCGACCUCACAUGUCAUUUUAUUAGUCAACAAACUUGUGUCCAAUUGUUCCACUGGCCAGCCUGCUGGUAUAGCACAGUGUGACUGAGUAGCCGCGAUAUCAAAAACAUGGUGGAGUCAUUCCAAAGACUUUUAAAGGAGCAGUGUGUGAAUAUGUGUGUUUGUUGUUUUCUUACCCACGGUCUGAGAAUGUUCCACAUGCCAGUGUUUCAACUUUAAUAGCUUUAAUUUCAACUUUGCCACGACCCGUAGGUUCACUGUGUGAGUGUCAUGAAUGUUUAGCACACCCUUGGUCCGUUUAAGGUCGGGCACAGAGUGCAGGGUGAGGCCUGUGUCUGGGGGUGUGCUGCUUUUACUGUACAGAAGUGUGUGUCUGUAUUUGCACUAGUGAAAUCAUGGUGCUACGGAAGCCUGUGUUAGUGUUCUUUUGCAGAGACUUCACAGUGGAAUCAUUUCAUUGACCGGUCUUUUUUUUUUUUUAUAUAGAACUAAAUCCCCUCCUCUGUCUGUUGGAUGUGAGAGACAUCUGUAGCUUCCUCACAUUGUUGUGUGUUCCUUUCAUUAGCGCCCGUGUCAGUGGGCGCGUUCAGGCUUUAAAAAAAAAAAAAAAAGAAGCUGGUCAUCACCUUGGCUAGUAGUGCAUGAGUUGCACAGUAGCACGUUAGCCGCCCUGGAUGCUAAUGCUAAUGGCUAAUAGCGGUCCCUUCUGUCACCAAACACAGGAAGCAAUGUCGUGGGUGAAAGAGCGUCAGUUCACAGCACUCAUCUGCACUUUAGUUUGCCAUUUUGCCCAUCACCCACAAUCCUUACGUGAGACAAGAACACACAUGGCUUUCCCUUUUCCGUGCAUGCUCAAUAGUGAAAAACUGCUCGUAAGAUUGAUUGAUUGAAAUUUUUAUUAGUAGAUUGCACAGUACAGUACAUAUUCCGUACAAUUGACCACUAAAUGGUAACACCCCAAUAAGUUUUUCAACUUGUUUAACGUUAAUCAAUUCAUGGUACAAAUAUAUACUAUCGGCAUAAUACAGUCAUCACACAAGUUAAUCAUCAGAGUAUAUACAUUGAAUUAUUUACAUUAUUUACAAUCCGGGGGAUAGGAUGUGUAGGGGGUUGGGGUGGGGGGGGUUAGGUUUGGUUGAUAUCAGCACUUCAGUCAUCAACGAUUAUAUCAUCUGAGAAAUGGACAUUGAAACAGUGUAGGUCUGACUUGGUAGGAUAUGCACAGCGAGCGGUGAACAUAGUGAGUUCAGAAAGCAUAAGAAAAGAGGCAGCUUACAAUACAGGUAAUGGGGAUACGAUCUAUUCCACCUGUAAAGCACUCUAAAAACCAUCCAAAAAGCCUCCGACACAGUUGUAUAUACAUGCUGCAAGUACGUAUGUAAUGUGGUAACGUGCACAUUUAUGAUAACGUGCAAUAUUUACGGUAUUUGGCUCAUUUUAAGCAUUACCUGGAACGUCUUUUCUCCACGCAUUGAUUUCACGUAGCCACAGUAGCUAUGCGCUAAAUGUUUCAAAUACAACAUAAAACAGUGACUCACAUUGUCCACUCUCACUGGGAUGGUUGUAUCUUUCAGCACUGCUCAUUUCUAAAUUAUCCUCUCAUAUUAAAAAAAAAAAAAGCAAUGUUGCGGUUAUUAAAUUAUGCUGCUCAUUUGAUGGGAGUUAUAGGUUCAAGUUUGUUCUAGGGAUGGGAGAUAUGACUUAAAAUUUAGAUAUUUCAGCCUCCUGCGAUAACAAUUGAUAUCACAAUAUAUUAUUUGGUAUAUAAAUGAUAAUAGAACCAUUUUGAAACGGGUUACCAAGUUUCCUAAUUUAGCUGCUGAACAGCUGUAUUGUUUUGUCCAAACUAUUAUUAAUCUACUUGAUCAUUUACUGUUGGCGCCUUGAUAGUUUCUGUUGUAACUGAUUCAAUUCUUGAUCACGAUUGUAAAAACGAUACACAGGAAGGCGGUCUAAUGAUAUCAUUUAAAUAUUAAAUUCUUUUCUUAUAUCUUUUAAUUACAAUAUAUUGAGCAAAUAAAUUUGAUGGUGCAGAAUAACUAAACAUAAGCAAAAACUACUACUGGGUCAGAUUUAAAGUCCUAUAUAACAAAAAAACAGCCCAAAAAUUAUUUAUUCGACCAUACUUGGUAUUGAUACAAUCGAUAUUUGUAUUAUCUGCCCACUUCUGUUUACAUUAGGGGUUAACAUGGCUUUUUGUAUCCUACAGUGUAGUGUAGGAUGUUUAGCUAUAGCAUGUGACUUGCAGUACAAGAAACUGUUAUUUUCCACCAAGGAGGCGAGGAUGAGUUAGCCGCUAUCUCAAACACGCUAGGGGACGCGGUCGUUCGCUUGUCACUGUCGGAUUAGCGUCACACAGCUAGAAUGUGUCAUCAACAUGCAUGUUUAUAGUAAUAAGAGCUUUAUUGUCUGCCAAAAUGGUAUUUAUAUUGUUUAUAU